AUGUCGACCUUCAAUGGCAUCGUAGAAGAGUUUCCGGAUAUUCGCAUUGACUAUUUUCGGAAAUGCCCAGAGCGGCCGGCACCACUAGCUUGCUUCCUCAGCCAUGUGCAUAGCGAUCAUUUACAGGGCCUCGAGUCCUUUCGGGCACCGUUUAUCUACUGCUCGCCAGCCACGCGAGAGCUACUCCUCCGAAUUGAAAAGUAUCCCCAUCGGAUGAACUUUAAUAAAGGCAUCUUGGAGUCACGCCGACUGCACUAUAAGCAUCUCGCAAAGCUUCUGCGCCCAAUUCCACUGAAUACCCCAACAGAAAUUGAACUCACUCCUCGACGUCAUAUCAGAGUGACGUUGUUUGAUGCCAACCAUUGCACUGGGGCUGUGAUGUUUCUAAUUCAAGGGGACGAGAAGGCAAUCAUUUACACAGGUGACAUCCGAGCCGAGACAUGGUGGGUGAGCAGCCUAGUCCGCCACCCGGUCUUGAUACCGUAUACUCUGGGCCAGAAACGGCUGGAUAACCUGUAUCUGGACUCUACAUUUGCAAGCAAGACAAACCCAUUCCUGGAGUUCCCUUCCAAGGCCGAGGGACUGUCUGAGCUGCUGCAAAAAGUCCAGGCUUAUCCUGAUGAUACAGUCUUCUACUUCCGUGCGUGGACAUUCGGUUACGAGGAUGUUUGGAUGGCGCUCUCAGCUGCGCUGAACACGAAGAUCCAUGUGGAUCGUUACCAGAUGGGACUUUAUCGGUCUCUAGUCCAGACUCCAGGCAAUAGGGGGGUUGGUGAAGUCCCUGCUCUCUGUGGCUUCGAGCUAGGAAACAGAGCUGUAACAGGCUGCCUAAGCAACGACGAAUCGAGUCGAAUCCACAGUUGCGAGCCUGGGGUCUCAUGUUUGGCAGCUCGCGGCACUAACACGGUCUACAUUGUGCCCAUUGUGAAUCGCACAACCGGCGGUGCGGAAAUCCCUGAGGUCGGUGCGGGUGGUGGUAUUGGGGAUUUGUAUCAAACUCAUGAACUCGAGCUGCCAGAUGAAUCUACAUUGGCCGAGUUAGAGAAGCUGUGUCUCAAACACGUCCAGGACAAAAAAGCCCUUUCUCAGAUCCGAGGUGCCCUUAUGGAUGCUUUCCAGUCGAGAAAGAAGGCGCUCUCGCUUGAUACAUAUGGCGUGAAGGAGGAAGGUGAAAUCUCAUUGAAGAAUCUGGUGACCGCUCUAAGCCAUGGUCCAUCUGAUACAUCUAGCCGGUCGUCCCAGACAGACCUGCCCAACACGAUACGGUUCCCAUAUUCACGACACUCUUCCUACUCCGAACUGUGUGAGCUCGUAGCUGCCUUCCGGCCCAAGGACAUUCAUCCAUGCACCGUGGAUCCAACGACCUGGAACGAAGACAUCUCCAUCAGACGCCUGUUUGGCCACCUCUGCUCAGGAACCGAUUUUUCACACGACAAUUACAUGCAGCAAAUUGUAGCUAAUCAUGUUGAUGGCGAGGGAGAUUUGCGCGCAAGAAAAAGGGCCCGGUACGACAUGGACCUCUCUACACAGUCCACACAAGAAUCCAGUAGUGGAAUUGAAGAUUUGAGCCUUGGUAUCGCCGAUGCAAGCCGUCAUCCUGAUCAGAAGCAGGACUCUCUACAUCGUUUGAGUCAAUUCGAAGAGGCGGCCAGAGUUAAACGCAACGAAAUCCGUCAAGCACACCGAUAUCUCCAAGAGCAUGCAGAGCCUAGACUGUUUCAAGUCAAUCCUCUCCCGUCUACAUGGCCGACAGGAAAGGAAGACAGGUUUGAUCCGGCCAGUGAUGAGGGAAGUGAAGAAGAGGAUACGCUCAUACCUGACCAGCCAUAUUUAGAACCUUCGGCUAGAGGGCUCCGACACAGGUCCGAACCAAGCACAUCUACAGGGAUCAUUGACCUAACUGGCGACGGUACUUCAUCUCCUCAUCCAAUCAACCAAAAAACAGACAGUCAACACACAGACAUACUUGCUCUCUCCAUCUCCGAGUCAGCGUUUGACUCUCCGGACCAAAAUUCCGUUGGAAAUAGGCUACGGGACCCAGCGCGAGGAGAAGAAAAUCUGAAUCGAUCACGCCAUGCGCGUGUUGCUGCUUAUCUAGCUGCGCGCGAAGGUACUUUCUCAGCUUGGACGAAUAUAUCAAUUCUUUCGGCGGGUGAUCAUCAUGGUGAGGAGGAGAUUGAGCUAUAG